AUGGUCUCCGUCUCGAUCUCGGUCUCUCAAGUAGUGAGUAGUACUACUGCAAGUGAUGAAGCAAUGGAGGUUGCUAAGAAGAAGAGCCUGUUUGCCAUGAGUGACACAGAAAUUUUGGAAGGCAUUUAUGCCACUCAUGUAGUUAGUCAUGAGCACGAUUCCUUUGACGUCCAUUCUCUUUUCUCCAUCACUCAGAGCAUCAUUAAGUGUUCAAAGCAGAUCAUCGAUAAUAUUGACCACAAGACUACAAAUGUCCCGGAACCCAUUGGAGUAUUUGAUUAUUUACUCCAAAUAAUGCUCAACCUCAAACCAAUGGCCACCCAAGUACAUGCUGACACUAGGGAUGGAAUAACUAUUGCAUCCAGCUUCAGCACUCCAUUGUGCCUUCUAAAGUCCAUAAUUCGCGAGGUGCCAUGUAAGGCUCCAGGUGAAGAGAAUGCCCACGAUGCUACGCUGAAAAUACUUAACAAGCAUCAGCAAUCUGACCAACUUGCCAAGUCUGUGGCAUUCCUCAAGGGAGUACCAGUCCUUCUCAAGCCCGAAAACCUCAAGCAACGAGGCCAAGCACUUGCUCAGCUCAACAAUGUUAUAAUGUCCACCUUGCAAGUGAUUGAUUGCAUCUUUGAGUUGGAGAAGCUGUCCAUUACUUAUAAUGAGGUAAAGGAGUUGAGAGAAAUCUUGGCAAGUGCAAGGAAAGAUAUCUCAGUGAAUGUCUAUUGGUGUAUCAUUACAACUGUAGCUUGCGCAACUAAUAUCUCCCUCCUUACUAGUGAUGAGGGGGACACACCCGAUCUUGUCCAGUAUGCUCAUAAGAUCAUAAUCAUCCUCAAUAAACUCAAACUACAUCUUAAGAUCUGCAAAGAGGAAAUAGAGAAGCUACAGACCUACAUGAAGCUGAAGCAACUCUUUCAAAUUCCUACUGAGAUUAUGGAGGUUAUGAAGACCCUGAUCUUUUUCAAGGAUAAUGUCAACACGACCAUUUUGGAUGGUUCUACUAAGAAACCGGUUCACAUCGAGAUCCUAAGGACGACAAAUGUGUUAUUGUUCAUUUCGAGCCUAGAUAUAUCAGAAGAUUAUAUUUCUCUUCUUAAACCCAUCUAUGAUUUUACAAAGAAAAGUAACGAGUAUAAGAUUGUUUGGAUUCCUCUUGUGGAGAAAUGGACUACAGAGCUGCAAGUCAAGUUUGAGACCCUGAGGGUUAAAAUGCCAUGGUACACAGUAGGCCAGGCUGGUGCCCACAUAGCAGGCAUCAAGUACAUCAAGGAAGAUUGGAACUUCCAUGGCAAGCCUAUGCUGGUGGUCUUGAACUCAAAAAGUGAGCUCCAGCAUUCGAACGCUCUGCGCAUGAUUUCGAUAUGGGGAAAAGAAGCCUUCCCUUUCGACCAGAAAAAAGAAGAAGAACUCUUACUUUCUCUCCGAGAUACAUGGUUUACCGCGGUAAUAGAUGGGAUUCACACAUCUGUAACUGAAUGGAUCAAGCAGGAGAAGUACAUUUUCUUCUACGGAGGGGAUUCAGUUUGGACGAAUCAGUUCAAGGAGAAAGCAACUGCCCUUAAAAAUGAUGAUAUCCUAAAGAGAUCAAAGAUUUCUCUUGAGUUAUAUCAUGUGGAGAAGAAUGCAAAUAAUGAUGCAGGGGAUGACAGCUUUAACACCUUCUGGUCCGCCGUAGAAACCAUGUUCCAUAUCAAGGUUAGCAGCAAGCAGAUUGACGACGUGGUAAGACAAGUUCAAAAGCUGCUAUCCUACAAAGAUGACAAGAGUGGAUGGGCUGUGCUCAUCCAAGGCCGUAGGAUCGUGACCGUUGGUGCCGGUUUGACAAUCUAUACGGUCCUGGAGAAAUACUACACGUGGAAUCAGCAAGUAACAAUAACAAUAGAAAACUUUGGACAAGUUUUUGAGCAACAGCAUAAGGAGGAGGUUGUAAAAAUUGGUCACGUCUGCAGCUGCUUUAGCAUCCCAAGUGCAGCAGGAAGUACCCUAGCGGCCAUGAUCUGCUACGAGUGUGGCAAUCCCAUGGAGACAUUCGUUAGCUAUAAGUGCUGCCAUGUCAAGAAGCAGGCGCCUUCAAUCACUUGGUAA